AUGAUUCCUCUGAAUCUUAUCAACAGCACUAUUGUGUCCAGCGUCACAUGUUCUGAGCCUGAACCUGGGAAACCCAAAGAGACCAAGGUGUCGUCCCACAAUGCAACAGGCUGGAGACUGUUCGGCAAAUCGCCAAAGGAGAGCGACCCCAGUGCGCAGCCGGAGGACUCUCCACAGGAUGAGUCUCACACAGAUCCCACUGAGCCUCCCUCGUCCUCUUCGUCUCGAAGGAAGAACCUGGAGUUUGAGCCUCUGUCGACCACAGCCCUGAUCCUGGAGGACCGGCCCUCGUGA